UCAAUCAAAAUAUCUGAUAGACAUUUUCAAUUCAGUCGUAUCUCUCUGUGACUCAGUCAUUGUGGCACUAAAGACAUGCAUGUAUCCACAGUUUCGCUCGUGCAAGGAGCAGGCGCUGGAUUUGCAGGUGACUUUUUCCUGGAAUCGGUGUUGCUGAAUUAUCAGAGGGCUGCCCUGUCCUCUGUUUGUUUUGGUUGUCAGCUGAAAGAAACAUGUCUGCAACGGAGAACGACACUGAGUUGCGGGAUCUUUUGAUCCAAACCCUAGAAAACAAUGGGGUGUUGAAUAAACUAAAGAAAUGCGCGCUGCGGUCUUCCUGGCCAUGGAUGAACAAGCUUGAGUGGAGAAUAAAACUCCACUUGUCAAUGAAAACUUGAAGACAUGUCUUAACACAGAGGAUGGUAAACCAGGGUUUUAUUAUCCACCAUGAUUGUCAUAAUCUGCUCAUCCCAUAAUCAACGUACUUUACAAUUACUCAUUUUUUUCAUGAUGAGGUUGAUCAUAUCCUUCCAUUUGUAUGAUGCCUGGUGGCCAGCCUUAUCAUAGACUUCCUGCAGGUGUUCCACAUAGACUUCACGCUUGCUGUCUUCCAGCCAGAGAUCAACUCAGUGAGUGUGUUACUCCCAGUGGAUGGGGCUGGCCUGAUAUUUGGUCAAAUAAAAUACUUGCAAAUGUCAGUGCUGCAUUCACUGUGUGUGUGUUUUAUUUUCAGCUAAAUGGCCUGGACAGCUGUGAGCAGGUGUCUCAUGAUCUGGGUAUCACUGAGACCGAUAUGAAUAGGACCACUCCUCUGCUGCUUGAGCUUGUCAAGAGAGGCAGACACAGGGAGAAGGCCUCCAUCUUCUCAGCGGGCGAGGAGGGCAGCCACAGUGACACCAGUCUGAACUUCGUCUCUCUAAAGGGUAAAGGUCAGGGUCACGUGGUGUCGAGGCACAGCGACCCUCUGCCUAAACCACAGAACCUACGGCUGACAGGCCUUGCCUCUUCAGUUCAUCCCCCAGGAGAGCAGCAGGUUUGGGGAGGGGAGUGGGCAGCAGCACCCUGGUCUCCCUUUUGGACCUGGCCAGCCAACGGAGUGCUGCAGGUGGGGGGGUCCCACGCAGGAGAAUCCCACCACAAAGACCUCUCAGGCAGCAGGAACGAUGAUGACGUGGACUAUGAUGAUGACUUUAACAGCCAUCCAUCAGAUAUCUCUAAGAGUGAGGUGAGCAUUGGAGGAGAGAUUGAGGAGGUUUCCGUCGAGGGACCUGACAACAGCAAUAAGGUCAGUGGCUGUUGUUGUCGGCAGAUGAAGACGCAAGUUUGGCUGCUGACCAAGUUACCAGGAAGAUUGUGUGUGCAUCCAUAAAGUGAGUUGUGGGUUUACUCUUGUGGGUUUUAUGCUGUUAGCAAUUCUGACUUGUUACUUUCUUACAUUUUAACUGCACAUACUGUACUGUUUAACAUGAAGCUAAUGUUUGUGUAUAUUUCAGAUAUGACAUAUUUACAGUUGAAGUCGGACGUUUACAUACACCAGAGCCAAAUACAUUUAAACUCAGCUUUUCACAAUUCCUGACAUUUAAUCCUAGUAAAAAUUC